GGGCAGGAGGAGAAGGAGGAGGAGGAGAAGAAGAAGAGAGCAGAGGCCCGCACGGGGCCGGCCGGGCCUGUUCGUCCGAGCCUCCGCAGAAUAAUGAGCCUGUCCCUGCAGAGGCUCCCGCCCCCGGGCGCCGGGGAAGGCCUGCGCCGACAGCAGCCCCACACCGACGCCCUGCUCGACGGCAGGGCCCUGGGCACCGGCACCCUCUACAUCGCCCACAGCCGCCUGUCGUGGCUGGAUGGGUCGGGCCUGGGCUUCUCCCUGGAGUACCCCUCCAUCAGCCUGCACGCCGUCUCCCGGGACCUGAGCGCCUUCCCCAGGGAACACCUGUACGUCAUGGUCAACGCCAAGUUCACAGAGGACGAGCCGAAGGAGGCGCCCAUGGCCGAGGGCGAUGGCCGGGACCAGAGCGGCGAUGACGAGGAUGACGAUGAAGCGGAGCCCAUUGCGGAGUUCCGGUUCGUGCCCGCCGAUAAUUCUGCACUGGAGGCCAUGUUUUCAGCCAUGUGUGAGUGCCAGGCGUUGCACCCGGACCCCGAGGACGAGGAUUCAGACGACGACUACGAGGGAGGAGAGUACGACGUGGAGGCCCACGAGCGGGGCCAGGGCGACCUCCCCACCUUCUACACGUACGAGGAAGGCCUGUCCCAGCUGACGGCGGAAGGCCAGGCCACGCUGGAGAGGCUGGAAGGGAUGCUGGCCCAGUCGGAGGGCAGCCGGUACCACAUGGCCGGUGUGCGAACCGAAGACUCCUCCAGGGAUUUUGAAGAUGGGAUGGAGGUGGACCCCCCGCCGGCGGUUGCGGGGCAGUUCGAAGACGCCGAUGUUGAUCACUGAAGAGGGUGAUCCGGGCCUCCACCCAGAUGCCACCUGUUCCCGGAGCGGCCUGGACCACGGCCGCGGAGUGAGGGCUGGGCUCACCUCCUGUCUGUAAAUGCUUUUUAUAUGUGCGCGAGGCUUCCGUGGCCAUAGGGGAGCGGUUUUUUUUAAAUAAACGGUUCCGUGCA